AUGGCCAUGCGCACUCCCGCUGUCGGCCAGCACAAUGAUCCGAGUACUCUUCAGUCAAUCGAACCCAACGAAGGCGUUUCCUCCCGCCGGCUGAAGAAACGGGAAAUCGACCGACGAUGUCAACGCCAAGCUCGUGAGCGGACGAAGACUCGCAUUGCCUACCUCGAAGGGCUGGUGGAGGAUUUUCGACGCCAGGACUCCAGUGGCCAGCUCGCGACGUUGCUGAAGCAGUUAAAAGAGAUGGAGUCUGAGAGAGACAUGAUGGCAAAGACACUCAAGGAUAUACAAAAGGCUAUGGAUACACACAAGCCCUUCAAUCCGACGACCGAGGAUGAGAUGGAGGGCAAGACGGGUCUGGUCCGUGAAGGCACACAACGUGAGCGGAAUUCUAGCAGCACCUCUCCACUCGCGGACGAUCUGCCGAUAAACCUGCCACAGGAGCGUGCAGAGUUACCCAAGAGAACGAGCCCUUCACGGAAUUUUGAUCUGGCUGUUUUCUCACCUGCUCCAAGCCUGCCUCUGCGGUCACAAGAUCAACUUUUCGCGCCAGAAGUUGUCCCGCUACCUGGUGACGGGCAGUCUCCGUCCCAGGUCCUAGUUCAGGCCAAGUGCUCCAAGGAGCCGAAUCCUAUGCCUUGCAAUUAUGCGGAAAAUUGGACAGCUCCUCUCAGCUCAUGCUCAUGCAUCAGCUGCCACAAACAUCAACCCGGACGCCGCUCCGCCUGGCGAGGGAACUAUUGGCGAUACGCCAACGAAGUCCUAACCGAACGCUUUGACUGGGGAGAGGAUGUGGCCCCAGAGUCGGAUGUCAUGUGCGACGACGUGCCCAUUCGUGUUUUGCUCGAAGGGUGGGACGCCGUGGCAAGUCGGGGGCCCCUACACCCAUCAUGGCAGAUCUUGCGUCGGAUCGACGAAACGUUGUUCGCCAUGUGCCCCAAUGUCGAGCGCCUCGCCAUCCUACGGGCCAUGCACACUUUACUACAGUUCCACACUGAAUCCACCUCGGAACGUUACGUGCGGCUUCCCCCUUGGUACAUGCGCCGUCCGUCACAGAAGAUUGCUCAUUCUUAUGCAAUUGAUUACUUCGCCUGGCCUGGUGUUCGAGAACGAUUCAUCUUCAACGAGCAUGACUAUUGUGGCAAUGAAUUCUGGACGCUGUUCACCACGUCCUUUAAGCUUCUGUGGCCGUAUGAGUUCCGCGACUGCUAUACUCGAGAGAUUGAGACGGGCCUGUACAAGGUCUCACCGAUGUUUGAUCAGCGAUUGUCGGAUAUCAGGUGCUGGACGAUGGGCCCGGAUAUCUUCAGAAGGUUUCCCGAGCUGUACAGUGACAUGCCCAGCUGGAACCAUAUUCCGCAGACGCCUUCGUCCGCUGAGGCGACUAUGCUCACUCAGAUUCAGCAGAAAAAGUUGCUAUCGCCAGCUCCGUCGCCUCAGACGAUGCAGACCGGACGCAUCGUUCAGGUGGGGGAAGAAGAGGAGGCCAAGCCACCGUCCGCAGGAGAUCAUUAUGUUCCGGUCGAGACGCUCCAUACUCAUGUCGUCCAAACACUCAAACCACAGCGCCCGCGGCAUCGCCACCAGCAACACUACCGCGGACAGUUGCAGCCACUGAAUCAGCCGCACCUACAUCAAGCGGUGUCUGAUCCUCAAAUGUACGGCGUGGCGGAUUUCAAUACAGUCACGGCACUCGAUGCGUUUACCUAUGGUACCACCACUGAAGCGGAUUUCGCAGCUAUGUACCAUGCUGAAAACCUCGAAGGAUUCCCGAAUAUGAUAUUCUGA